AUGUAACAUCCUAGAUCAACUUCGGCUCAUUACAAUACUUGCAAUUCUAAAUAUGGGAAUGGUUGGCUAUUGCAUGAUGGGAAACAACAAGUAAAGUUAAGUGAAACUCCUGUUCCUACCUAUGCUGAAAUUGUUAGAAGCAUGCAGGUAUUAACUAUUACUAUUUUGCAAAGGACUUUAGAAGAGCAGAGAAGCUGAUUAAGAAUAAACUAGUGGCUCAGCAGUUUGGGUUAGAACAAUAAAAGAAAGAGACAGAGGAGGAAAAAUAAAGAAGAAAAAUCGAUAAUAAGGUGCCUCCCAAACCAUUUCCAGUGAAGGAAAGCGAAUAUACAAAACCAGCCCAAGGGAUUAAUGUUGGUAUUCCAUUUUUUAUUAUAAUUUAUAGGAUCCCCAAUUUACGAAACAUCCAAUAUGUAAUAUGGACAACUAAACCCAACGAAGUUUGAAUUAAUUGAAAAGUUUUAUCCAAGAGACGCUAAAUUCACGUAGGGAUUCCAAGGCCAUACUUACAAAUUUGACGGGCUUAACACGAGUGUUGCCUUUUCGAAAACCCAUAAGGCUUUGGAUGAGUACUGA